GCUGUGCCGAAUGCCCAAACGCACGCACGCGCCGCCUGUCCGCUGUCCUGUCCUCCGCCUGCCGCCGCCCUUCACCGGAGCGCUGUGCCCCCCACGCCGUCCUGCCCGGUCUGCCCCCGACGGUUCGCACAACUGUGACCUGCCGCCGUUCCCCGGGCCCUCGGCAGCCCGCCUUCGCGCCGGUCAUUUUUGGCCCCAUCCGCCGUGCCGCCUGGUACCAGGACUGCCGCCCUGCUUCCGCCGGCCAGGCGCCGACGCUCGACGCCGAGGAGCGCCAGACAUGGCAGCUACCAAGCCCGGCGCGGCCGCCAUGGCACAAUGUCAGGAGGGGUCGGCGGAGGAGCAUCGGCUGCGGGCGGCGCUGCGCCACCUGCAGGCGGAGGCCGGAGUGCUCGAGCGCCUGGUCUACAAGCACCGGAAUCAGCACCGCGGUGCCGCCUACUUCCAGUACCUCCUCAAGGUGCGGAGGGACCUGAAGCUGCUGCUUGGCGCCAAUCUCAUGGAGGUCAUCAACGCGGUGUUCCCUGUCAUCACCUGUCGUAAGCCGGCCAACACUAUUCUUGCUACGAACAGGCAGGGUAAGAGGAAGCCUGGUGCAAACCAUAGCCACUAUAAGAGGCUUUUGGGGGUUGCCCGUUUGCUGUCCCAGAUGGCUGAACCUGUUAUGAAGGGAGCAGUUCAGAUCAGCUUUUUACUUGCUAGAUCUUUUUUUGUAGAACUUUGCACUGCAGUGCUUGCUUUGCUUGCAAGAGUGAGGGUCCUGACCCAACAGAUUUUACUUGAUGUUGUAUCAGUAUACAACAAGGUUACUGAUCUUACAGAUAAAAAGCAGGCUGUUAAGAUCAGUAUUGAUAAAGUACAGGCUUUCAGAGAGUACUACCCCUCGAGCAACGAUCCCUGUACUAUCCUGGAGUGUGUAUGGGUGAAAGAUAAAUUUGUUUUGCACGAAAAGACAAAAGCUAGCAGUCUGAAAACCCAAGAUGAUGAUCUGAAGUCGUGCACCCCAGAUUCAUCAAUCCAGUAUGAGACCCUUGGACUUGUUAGUGAAGAGAUGGAAAACCUUGAUGGAGCAAACACCCCAGCCAAGCAACAACAGACUUCUCUGGCUGACCAACCAGAUAAAGCCACCCAUUGCGGCGAUGCUGGAGAUUCUCUCAGUGGGAGACAACUACCAAAUGAUCAGAACACCCCCGGCUCUCUCCUUGGCACGCCCCCUGCUGCGCCGACUCCACGAAGAGAUGCCAAGCCUGAUACGAGGAAGAGAGUGGCAUUCAUUGCGGUGGGGAAAACAAAAGUCACCGUGACACCGCCCGAAACAUCAUCCGUAGUUACCAAGAAGCAAAGGGUGUACACGAUUCGACAGACCACCACAGAUCCUGCUUUGUAACUCUGAAAGAACAACCGGUAAUGAUGAGAUAAAGGGCUAUACAUAUGCACACCUUGGUAGAUGAUCGAUGUGUUAUCGUUGAUUUGUUGCAUUCUUACUGCAUCUCGCUUCGAUACCAAGAGAUUGUAUCUUUUAUCAUUGACCUCAAGUGUAUUUUUGUUAUCAAUUUGUUAACUUAAGUUGAUGGAUUUUGCUACCAA